CAAAAAGAAACGCACGUUAGUGAAAGGAAGUAGUGCCAUUUUCACUGAAGGCGAAGCUAAGCAAUUCUUGGUCAGGUAUCUAUAUAGGAGGACGAAGAAAUACACGUCAGAAGUGAGUUGAAGGAAGUUGUGUCCACAUAUCCGUAAAGGUUGCUGCCUGUGUAGUUGAACACGUUACAUAUUCUGUACUGUGAAGGAUCUACAACGCUUCGCCAUCGGAAUAAUCGCUUCUCUUUCUCUAUCAAGACAUUAUCCAAACAUUAAAUUUGAUUGAAGAACCAAUCUUAUUUUAAUCAUGGAUCUAUGGAUUGUUUGGACUUGCAUCGUGAUUGCCAUGUCAGCUAUUGGGUCGUGUACAAAGGACUAUUACGAGGCACUAGGAAUUAGUAGAAAUGCAAGUGAUCGAGAGAUCAAAAAGGCAUUUAGAAAAUUAGCCAUUCAGUACCAUCCAGAUAAAAAUCAAGAACCGGGAGCUGAAGAGAAAUUCAGAGAGAUUGCAGAAGCAUAUGAAGUGCUAUCUGAUGACGAAAAACGGAAAGAAUAUGACAUGAUGGGCCAUGCUGGUUAUACUCAGAAACAAGGUGGUGGUCGCCCUACAAAUCAUGCUUUCCACUUUAACUUCGAUGAUUUGUUUGCAGAGUUUGAGAACUUUGGAGGUUUUGGGAAUGCAUUCCAUUCUGAUUUUGGUAGUGAUGGAUUUAUGGAUAUGGAAGACUUCUUUGGUGGCCAUGGAUUUGGUGACCCUUUUGGUUCCCAAGACUCAUUUUUUGGCGGUGGCCACUUCCAGCAUGCUGACCAUAUGAGGCGUCAUCAAGAGGCUCACAAUCGUGCACGACAGCAUCAUGGCACUUUUGCCCAUGCUCAGGCAUUUGCCAAUGCAGAUGGUCACCAUCAAAAUAUAAGAUUCAGUGCAGGAAGUGGAGGAGCCGGCCGGACAUGCAGAACUGUUACGCAGCGAGUUGGUAAUAUGGUAACCACUUACACUACGUGUAGUUAAGUAGCCAAGUUCAUUGUUGUGUACAGAAAUGUGUUGAUGUAUAUUUUGGUAUAACCUAAAUGAUUCAGUAGGUAUGUAUAUGCAAGCCUCAGUGUAUGGCUUGCUACAUUGUUUGAAGGAAGUUGAUUGGAUGUACGUAUAUUGGGACUUGAUAUAAAGUGUAGGUGCCUCAAGUGCCAAGGCUGACACUUCUUUGUUACUGGAUUUUGGAAAUGGUGUUGGUGAUAUAUACCCACAAGUGAAGUAAUGGCAUCCUAUUAAAUGGUGAAUUCUGAGUCAAGGAAAUGACUACGCACAUAUGUUAAUUUUUCUUGGCACAAAUAUUUAUAGUACUUUUGUGGCUAUCUUAUGUGUUGGAUAUAUACAAGUUAGUUGGAUAUAUUCUGAUUAUAUAAUUUUGGGAUACACAUCUGGGUAUGUAUUCUAGUCUUGCUUUAUCUUAAUGCAUCAAGGGUUAUAAUGAAAUAUCUUUGUUAAGCAGUUUAUAGUUUUUCUGUGCUAUUUUGUACUCAUUUAACUUCACAGAAUGCUUUUAAGUGCCUUCACUCAUAUGAAUUGUUACUUUUGAUGCAUUAAAAAUGUAGGAUUUAUUCACCCAGUAGAUGGUUAAUGCUCAGUUUUUUCUGGGCUCUAUGAAAGCUAGUCACAUUAUGUAUAGAGGUUAAUUAUUUGAUACUCCUUUUAUUUAUUUAUUGGUAGAAUUUAGUUUUCAUAGAAAAGGCUUUCAAACAUUUCUCAUUUACUACUUCCCGUUGUUCAUCUAAGAGAGCAGCUUCCUUUUUUUCUGUAUAGCUAUAUUUCAUCAUAACAUCUUGUUUCAAAAGUGGGCAAAACAUCUUUUGAGCUACAGGUUUGCUAAAUUUUGCUUGCCAUCUUUCAUGAUACCUGUUCUUAAAGUGUAUUGUUAUAUUUCAAUUGUUUUCUUAGUUUUCAGUAGUAUUAUGUGCAAUAAUAGGGUGAGAAGUAGGUACAGUACUCUUCUCACUACAAAAUUGUAGGCAUUCGUAAUUGUAACUAAGUGUGAAUAUAGGGUUGCCAGGUUAAAAGAAAAAUGAACUUUGCUUCACUAGGACCCUUUACACAUUCUCUUUUGUAUUUGAUGAUAUUAGCAUUUCAUUUUCACUUAAAAAGUUAAUGAAGUUACAUUAGUGUUUUGAGAUUAUUGUUCAAAGCUUACACCCAAAUUCCAAUAAUUUGUGAAACAUUGAUAAGGAUUAGUCUGCUUUAAACAAGAGGGAUGAAUGCCAACUUCCCUUUCUUUUUCCUUCAUUUUCUUUUAAGUAUUUAGAAGCUUGGUGAACCCUGUAUAUUUAAAGAUCGGUGUUGUUACAUACCUUGUUGAAAAAUCUGUAGAUCUUGGUACAAACCACAUCCAUUCGGCAUUUCAAACCAUUUUAAAACCAAAAGAUGGUCAAAUUAAUUCUUUCUUGAACUGUGAUUUCUUUGUAAAAUUAAUACUUGAAGGAGAAUUGAAGUAAACUAUUGUUAUUUUAAUCAACCUAACCUCAGUCUAGUUUGGUGGAGUUCUGAAGGUUUUGCUUUAAAAUUUUAGAGUGAAGUUUGCUUUUUAUGAUGUUUUGUGCUAUAUAGAUUAAUUUGCAUUCCAGUACUGCAUAAAGGAACUGUUUUAGGUAAAGAAGCAUUGUCAUUUUUUUCAGCCAUUUUUAUUUUUGUCCAAUUUUUCAGUUUUAUUCAGUUUUCUUUCUUUGUAUACUUAGAAAUAUGCUUACCACAUUUGGUCUUAGAAAUAUGCUUACCACAUUUGGUCUUCCAUUAUUUUGAAUGUAAAUAUACCUUUGUCACAUCUUUGGCAAUAGCAAAUUUCAUCUGGAUUAAGAACAUUAGUUUUCAUUUUCUUCAUCAUCAUUUGUUCAUAAAACCAGAUAGUAACCUGAAUUCACUUUCCAUUUCAAAUGUAUGGUAAAUAUAGAUUUAUCUUUAUUUGACAGAACAUUGUUAAUGUAAUACUUUAAAUGCAGGAUGUACAUGCAAACUGUUUAUGUUCUCUGUAUUGAUUCUUUUUUUAAUCUUUCCAUUUGGACAAAUGCCAUGGAGGAAGACUUCUUAAAAAGUAUUGAAGAUAUGUUAAUUUUGAUUCUUAAGCUUACACAAAAUUGUUAUUUUCAGUGUUCUGAAUGGAAGUUUUAAGUUAUUGAGCAUUUAUUAUAUUAAAUCAUGGGAGGUUCUGUUCUUUCAAGAAUGCUAUCUCUUGUCAUGUAACAUUACAUCUUUCAAAAUCAUGAGUGCUUAAAAUAAAAGUAUAAAAGAGCUUUAAUCAGAAAAUGGUGAAAUAAAUCUGAUUUCUUGUAUGAUAAAUGUCUGAAAACUAUAAUACAUUCUUUUAGAUUUUUUUUUAGAAAAAUGACAGUUCCUUUAAAGUUACCAUGGUAACCGAAGAUUUACCUAUUUACUGUAAUAAAAAUGUUAAAUAUUCACUCUUAAACUUGUAAGUUUCAAAUACAAUAUCUGUGAUAUACAUUUUUGAUUAGGAAGAAACUAAUGUUCAGAAUGUAAAAAGAGAAGAAAAUAUAUAUUUUGUUUUUCAA